UUUGUUGGCUUAAAGUAAACGCCAAUUUGCUGAAAAUAUAAGCUUGAACAGUUUUGGGUUUGUGUUUUUGUUGGUUGUAGACUGUAGUAGCUUCAGCAUAAACAGCUUCAAUGUCGCUAUUCGGUUCCGGUGCCACUGCUGCUGCAAACACAAAUCCCAAUAAGUCUAUCGAGGUUCAACAACCUCCUUCUGAUUCUGUAUCAAGUCUCUGCUUCAGUCCCAAGGCUAAUCUUCUCGUUGCUAGUUCAUGGGAUAAUCAGGUGCGAUGUUGGGAAGUGAUGGGAAGUGGAACCAAUGUUGGAGCUGUACCCAAGGCCUCUAUAUCACAUGAACAGCCGGUUUUAUGCUCAACUUGGAAGGAUGAUGGGACAACUGUCUUCUCUGGAGGUUGUGACAAGCAAGUGAAAAUGUGGCCGCUAUCUGGUAGUCAACCUGUAACAGUAGGCAUGCAUGACGCUCCUGUCAAGGAAUUGGCUUGGAUCCCAGAGAUGAGUCUCUUGGUCACAGGAAGUUGGGAUAAGACUCUGAGGUACUGGGAUCUGAGACAACCAAAUCCAGCACAUGUCCAGCAACUUCCUGAGCGCUGCUAUGCACUUACAGUGAAACAUCCUUUGAUGGUUGCUGCCACAGCUGAUAGAAAUCUUAUAGUUUUCAAUUUGCAGAAUCCUCAGACUGAAUUCAAGAGAAUUGUCUCACCCUUAAAGUAUCAAACUCGGUGUUUAGCUGCCUUCCCUGAUAAACAAGGUUUCUUGGUUGGCUCUAUUGAAGGACGGGUUGGUGUUCAUCAUCUUGAUGAUGCUCAACAAAGUAAAAACUUCACAUUCAAAUGCCACAGGGAAGGCAACGAAAUUUACUCAGUCAACUCUCUGAACUUCCAUCCUACACAUGGAACAUUUGCAACUGCGGGAUCUGAUGGUUCCUUCAAUUUUUGGGAUAAAGAUAGCAAACAGAGGCUCAAGGCAAUGUCAAGAUGCAGCCAGCCCAUACCUUGCAGCGCGUUCAACAAUGAUGGCUCAAUCUACGCAUAUGCGGUUUGUUAUGAUUGGAGCAAGGGUGCAGAAAAUCAUAAUCCAUCAACUGCAAAAACAAACAUUUACUUGCAUUUCCCACAGGAUUCUGAGGUUAAAGGCAAGCCACGAAUUGGAACUAGCGGUAGAAAGUGAAGUCAGCAGGAAAAGCCUCAUCUUACCAUUUCAGAGAAAGUUUGUUUUGUUCUGUCUGCAGUCGUGCUAUUAAUUCAUGGGAGUAGAUAGGAGUUUGAGCUUUGAACAGUCAGUAGAUAGUGAUUUUGAGUGUGAUAUUCCUUAUUAGUAGGAGCUUGCUUGUGCCAAUACUUGUAAUCUCCUUAGAGAAUUAGAUAAUUGCUUAGUCUCCAUGUAGCCUCUGAAACUUUAUGGCACUUUCUGUUUCUAUAGCCGUUUUAUUUCUAUUUCUAGAGUUCAUGAAGUAGAGUCCUCAAUGUGUCUUGAAUUUGCAUUUGAACUGAACUUUGGUGGGUUAAGGUUUGUUACAAUUGCUCAAAUGCUGUUCAAAA